UAUUAAAACGAUUGUAUGAUCAUUUUUAUCUUGUUAUAACAAAAAAUUAAGCUGUUGAUCACAAAAUUUUAAAGGGAUUUUUACCAUUUUUGUAAUUUAAUUUUUUUUAAAAAAAUUCAAAAUAUAACAUAUAAGAAAAAACUAAUUUUUAUUAUAUGGUUAAUGUGAUUGUUUAAUUUAUUUUAAUUAUAUACAAUUAAAAAUGAGGAAAGACGCAAAAAUGUUAUCAAAUCUAUAUUAUUCAUAAUUAUUAAUUAUCAUAUAUAUGUUAUUCAUGUUAGGUAAUUUCAUAGUUUUUACUUAAGAAAAGAAUACACGCUUCUUAUAUUUUGGGAUAAUAUAAUGUUUUCUAUUAAUUGGAUUUUGGCUAAAAAUAUUUUCAAUUGAUUUUUGAGCUGCCACGUAAGCUAAAUUGACAUUAGGAUCUCUUUUUAAUUAGUACAAACUUAAGGUUACAACUUCUUAAAUGAUUUUCAAUUGAUAUAUAAUGGAUUCGUAAGUAAUAAGUAAUAAAACGGGAUAAGUAAUUUGCAAGUAAAGUACUCAAGAUAACAAAUAUCUGUUUUUAACAAGUCAAAAAAGUUAUUACUUGUGUAAGGCAAGUCAAAUAUCAAAUAUCAUUUUUUGAAUCUUUUGAAUUGACUGAAUACGCGCCUUGUGCCCAACGUUAUUAUGGCCUUGAGUGUUGGUAGUGGUUUGAGAAGAACGCAUUGCGGGACGAAGAAUGUGUCGCCAUUCAACAUAAUCUUCUCUGCUUCCAAUUUUGUUAAAAUUAAAUAAAUAAGAAAAUAAAAAAUGGAGUGUGGGACAAACUUAAGCGUGGACCGCACCUUGGUAUGAAAACACGCAAUUUGGUGUGGUUACUAGUGUUUUUUUUUUGCUGUGAAUGAGAAGUGCGGGAGAAAAGUAACGCAUGGCGGGUGAAGCAGAGUGUCACCAUUCACGUGAUUUUAUUGCUAGUGCUUUUAUAAAUAAAAUAUUAUAAAUUAAAAAGAAAAAAAAAUGUAGCGGGACAACUUUUGGUCUGAACCGCAGUUGAACUUGAAAAGAAGGAGAUAGGUGUGGUUUAGUUACUGUCUCAACCAGAAUUAUUUAAAAUAAACGUUAGUUAUCAAAAAUACAUUAAACCCAUAUAUAAUCACUAAUGUUUUAUCCAUAUAAUAUACAGAAAUUGAAAUGUAAAUGAUCUAAUUAACAAAAUUAAGUAGCAUAAAUUUAAAUGAUAAUUAAUAAUAAUAAAUAUAACAUUAAUAAUAUAUCAUAAUUGAAUAUGAUUUUGUAAAGUUUUUCAGAUAAUUAAAAGAUUUUUAUACAUUAAAUAAAAAAUUCAGAUUCUUAAUUUAAGAUCAUUGUUAUCUUAAAGCUAGGUUUGCAGAGUCUUCAUGAAUCUAUUUAUGUUGAUGAUAAGAAAAACAAAAUCAGAUAUCUUAAUUUAAUUUUGACUAAAGAAAACUAGCGCAUUUAUAAUUUUUAAAAAUAAAAUAAUUGGCUAUAAAUUUUAGUAAUAGUAUUAACUUUCAUAUUUGAGAUAUAUAAAAUAAUUUUUAAAAAUUAUAUGAGUAUCACCUCCUGAUUUUUUAGUUUGUAAAAUAUAAAAAUAUUAUUGUUUUCACAUAUAUUAAAAGCACAUUAAAUCACUAUCAUAAAUAUAUUAUUUCUACAUUUUUUUUUAUUUUCAAGAUAAUUAGUGAGUAGUAACAUAUUAAAUGUCAUAUAUAUAACAUUUUUAAACUAAUAUAUAUGUAUAUAUAUAUUAAAUAAUAUUUGAUGAUUUUUUUAGUUUAUAAAAUAUAAAUAUAUUAUGUAUCCCGCAGUUAUACUAUUCAUUACACAUGUCACCAUUCACAUUUUGUUUUAAACUGCUUCUUUUAGACGAACCGCACUUGUCCCGCAGUAUGCGUUUUUCUAACACAAACCACACUUAAACCGCACCGCACUAACCAAUCCGCUUGUCCCGCCCCGCUGAACCCGCUCUUACCAUUCGGAGCCUUAUGGCCUUGAGUGUUGGUAGUGGUUUGAGAAGAACGCAUUGCGGGACGAAGAAUGUGUCGCCAUUCAACAUAAUCUUCUCUGCUUCCAAUUUUGUUAAAAUUAAAUAAAUAAGAAAAUAAAAAAUGGAGUGUGGGACAAACUUAAGCGUGGACCGCACCUUGGUAUGAAAACACGCAAUUUGGUGUGGUUACUAGUGUUUUUUUUUGCUGUGAAUGAAAAGUGCGGGAGAAAAGUAACGCAUGGCGGGUGAAGCAGAGUGUCACCAUUCACGUGAUUUUAUUGCUAGUGCUUUUAUAAAUAAAAUAUUAUAAAUUAAAAAGAAAAAAAUUGUAGCGGAACAACUUUUGGUCUGAACCGCAGUUAAACUUGAAAAGAAGGAGAUAGGUGUGGUUUAGUUACUGUCUCAACCAGAAUUAUUUAAAAUAAACGUUAGUUAUCAAAAAUACAUUAAACCCAUAUAUAAUCACUAAUGUUUUAUCCAUAUAAUAUACAGAAAUUGAAAUGUAAAUGAUCUAAUUAACAAAAUUAAGUAGCAUAAAUUUAAAUGAUAAUUAAUAAUAAUAAAUAUAACAUUAAUAAUAUAUCAUAAUUGAAUAUGAUUUUGUAAAGUUUUUCAGAUAAUUAAAAGAUUUCUAAAAAUUAAAUAAAAAAUUCAGAUUCUUAAUUUAAGAUCAUUGUUAUCUUAAAGCUGGGUUUGCAGAGUCUUCAUGAAUCUAUUUAUGUUGAUGAUAAGAAAAACAAAAUCAGAUAUCUUAAUUUAAUUUUGACUAAAGAAAACUAGCGCAUUUAUAAUUUUUAAAAAUAAAAUAAUUGGCAAUAAAUUUUAGUAAUAGUAUUAACUUUCAUAUUUGAGAUAUAUAAAAUAAUUUUUAAAAAUUAUAUGAGUAUCACCUCCUGAUUUUUUAGUUUGUAAAAUAUAAAAAUAUUAUUGUUUUCACAUAUAUUAAAAGCACAUUAAAUCACUAUCAUAAAUAUAUUAUUUCUACAUUUUUUUUAUUUUCAAGAUAAUUAGUGAGUAGUAACAUAUUAAAUGUCAUAUAUAUAACAUUUUUAAACUAAUAUAUAUGUAUAUAUAUAUUAAAUAAUAUUUGAUGAUUUUUUAGUCUAUAAAAUAUAAAUAUAUUAUGUAUCCCGCAGUUAUACUAUUCAUUACACAUGUCACCAUUCACAUUUUGUUUUAAACCGCUUCUUUUAGACGAACCGCACUUGUCCCGUAGUAUGCGUUUUCUAACACAAACAAAACUUAAACCGCACCGCACUAACCAAUCCGCUUGUCCCGCCCCGCUGAACCCGCUGUUACCAUUCGGAGCCUUUGUCAAGUGCAGUUAUUAGUUAGACAUAUUACUGUAGGUACAAAAUUUAUUAUUUUUAGUUAGUAAAACUAUUUUUAAAAAUACAUCAACUAAUAUUUGGUCUAUACAGUGGGUCUGAUUGGUAAUGGCUGUAACUCUAAAAAUUUUCCUGUAGAAAAAAAUCUGUAGAAUUUUUGUUGUGGUUUUUGAUUUUAUUGCUGUAGAAUUUUAUGAAAGGUUCCAAAAAAUUUUCCUUUCUGAUUUACUGAAUACAUUUUCUCCUGAUGAAGUCAUAUACGAACCUUUAUGACGUAUCAAGUAUCCUUUUUUUUCAAAAAUAUCUAUAAUAGCGAGGGGAAAAAGGCGGUCUGACGAAACUUGCUUUUGCGAUUGGUCCGCCGCCUCCUUAAGCGGGGGAAAAGGAGAGAAAGGAUUCGGAAGGCGAAAGCAAAGGGAAACGAGGGUGAUUGCAAGUGUUGCUGCUGGUAUUGGGGCUGUCGAAAUUGUCGAUGAAUCAGGGAGCGUAAAGGGAAGGGUUUCGGGGAGAAAUUGAUUGAUAGUCCGACUCAAUCGGUUCUUGGUAGUCCUGUGGCGACACGAGAGGAGGCUCCCAGUGCAGAAGUGGAGGAUUGUUUGGCUCAAGCUGAUGGAACAGUGUUGACGGAAGGGAUGUGCACAUAUUUGGCUCGGGAGGGUUCAGUGAAGAAGACCUCUUACUCCAAUGCUGUCCGGGAUGAUUUGGAUGAAGCAAUUAAGCCUGAUUUUGUGGUUAAAGAUGGGGUUGAUGAUGUCUCCAUUCCUGAGGAGUUGAUGGAGGAUGUUGAUCCUCGGUGGAAAUAUUUUGUUGUGGGCUAUUUUAUGAAUGAUGCUCCUCAUAUAGGUUCCAUUCAUUUAACUUUGAAUAGGAUUUGGUCUUCCCCGGCCGGGGAAGGGGUUGAAAAUUGAUGUCCAAUUCAUUGGAAAGAGAACUGUCUUGUUUAGAGUGGAGGAUGCACAUGUGCAAAGUCGAAUAGUUAAGAGGAAGUUCUGGCACACUUCAGAAGUUCCUCUAGUGCUAAAUGAGUGGACGCCGGAGUCAGCUAAAGCCCCACCAGAUCUAUCAGCCAUGCCGUUAUGGGUUGAUUUGGAAAAUGUUCUAGGUUACUUCUAUUCAAAGAAGGGUCUGACUUUCUUAUCUCGAGCAGUAGAGAAAUUUGUGAAGUUGCACCCAACUACGGAGCGUUGUGUCAGGUUAGAAGUAGCAAGAGUUCUGGUUGAGGUUGACCUAUGAAAGCCUCUGCCACAGAAUAUCUGUUUUAAAGAAAAAGAUGGAAAAGAUGUCACUGUUGGUGUUAACUUUCCAUGCUUCCCUCGUGCUACAAAGUUUGCUUCAAAUGUGGUCAUAAUGAGAAGGACUGCCAUGUUGAACGGGUGGUGGUGGUUAUCAAGAAGCCGCAUGUAGAGAAGCAGCAAGAUACAAUCAUUGAGGAUGCAAUGGAAGUGGACUCCAUUUCGGGUAAAAUGGUUUUUACGGAGUUGCUCAACGAGCUGGAGAAUUUCAGUAAAGGUUACUUUGGAAGGAUAUGUGAGUAACACAUGGAAGGAUCUGAGGCUGUUUCUGAAUAAUCUCAGUUUGGGUAUUGAAUCAGAGAAAUGGGUUACUUUGGGGGACCAUGAUCAUCAUCAAACGUCUCCUCCUAGAGAGAAGUUGGCGCUUGUAGAGGUUACCUCACCAAAUAGUUUUCAGCUUCUACAAGAUAUCAGAGAGGAAGGUGAAAUUAAAGAGGAUGAAGAGAUAACGGAAGAGGAAAAGUCUAAACCACAAACUGAGGUAGAUGUAGAAGAUGAGACUACCAACGGGGAGGGCAGAGAGGGUCGGAAGAAGAUGGGGCAGGGCGCAGGACAAUGAGGGAAAGGGAGAGGGUGUGCAGUGUUUGGGAACUCACGAGGAUUGGUUAAUGCAGUGGUGAAUAGCCAUAGUAAGAAGGUUUCCUCUCAUAGGAACAAAUGACGUCAAUAUUCGCUUGUAACAUGCGUGGUUUCAAUCAACCUCACAAACAAAAUGCUGUCCGUUUUUGGGUGAAGGAAGCAAAGUUACGGUUAGAAUGUUUGGUGGAAACAAGAGUUCAGGAAGAGAGUUUUCAGAAGGUCUUCUCCGAUACCUUUCCGGGAUGGAAAUAUUUACACAACUAUAGCUAUCACAGACUAGGUAGGAUUUGGGUUUGCUGGUCGGAUGAUGUUGAGAUCGUGCCAGUCAUGGUCAGUGCUUAGAUGAUAACGGUUUGGGUGAGGUUCAAAGACACUGCAGAUGUGUUCCUUGCCUCUUUUAUAUACGGUUCGAAUUUUCCAAUGGAGCGCAGAGAAUUAUGGAGAGAAAUGGAUAUAGUUUUGCGAUCUGUGGCAGGAGGAACUAAUCUCUGGAUUUUGCAAGUAGAUUUCAAUGUUACAAAGUCCGCUAUGGAGCAUUCUAGAUUUCUUGACUCUGCAAGAGAGAAUCUAGCUAUUCGUGAAUUCCAAGAUAUUAGGAGUUGCAAUCUGAUUGAUAUUUCAUACACGGGGCCGAAGUUCACGUGGAUAAGUAAUAGGGAUGCAAGCCCUAUAAGCAAGAAGUUUGAUAGAAUAAUGGGUAACAACAGUUGGAUCUCAAGUUUUUGUCAAUCUCAUACAGUUUUUGAGAGAGGAGGGGUCUCCGAUCACUCUAGAAUGAUAACUACCUUGCAUGCCAGCACUCCGGAAAACCAAAAGCCUUUCAAGUUCUUUAUACAUGUGGUGAAGCACCCUUAAUUUUUGGAAGUGGUGGGUCAAGUCUGGAACUCCACAGCCCCGCUCUUUCACUUUCGAACAGUUCUGAAGAAGUUGCAGGAAAAAUUAAAGAUGUUAAAGUCAGAGCUCUUAGAAGGCUGAAUAGGAAAUCAUAUGGGGACCUUCCAGCGAGAGUUAAGGCAGCCUACGAUGAGCUAUGUGAGAAGCAAAAUAAUGCAAUGCAAAAUCCCCUUACUUCCACAUUUGAGGAGGCUUCAGAUGCUUGGGAAAACUGGCAUCACUUAUCUGGCGUUGAAGAACAGCUCUUUUAUCAAAAGUCAAUAGUGAAAUGGUUGGGCCUCGGAGACAGGAACACAAACUUUUACAUGAAGACUUGUCAAACUCGUAACUCUAGAAACACCAUUGGAAGGCUGGUCACUUCAGAUGGAAGAGUGCUCACUGAGCUGACAGACAUCAAAGUGGAAGCGGUUGCAUAUUAUGAAGCCUUUCUACAGGAUCAGGGAUAUUCGGAGGAUGAGGAGGUCUCGGAGGAAAUAUUACGCGGGCUGCUUGACUAUCGCUGUAAUGGACAUGAUGCAGCUUCUCUUGUUCGACCUGUUCAGGAUGAGGAAGUACAAGAAGCUUUAUUCUCUAUGCCCGCAAACAAGACUCCACGCCCUAAUGGUUACCCGAUGGAUUUUAUAAAGCGGCUUGGACAGUUGUGGGAAAGGACCUCAUGAUUGCGGUUCAGUCUUUCUUCUUGUUUGGAGUGAUGCCUCGAAGAACUAAUGCUACGCUCCUCUCUCUAGUGCCAAAGACUACUAGUGCUGAGAAAAUGAGAGAUUUCAGACCAAUAGCAUGUUGCAAUGUGGUCUACAAGAUCAUCUCUAAAAUCAUGGCUUAUCGCCUCAAAGCCGUUCUUCCCAAAGCUAUCGAAGAGAACCAGUGUGCUUUUGUGCAAGGUCGGCUGCUUCUCAAAAAUGUUCUCUUAGCAACAGAACUGGUGAAAGACUAUCACAAGCCUCAUGUCUCUUCUCGCUCAACCAUCAAGUUGGACAUCUCCAAAGCUUUUGAUACUGUGAAAUGGUCAAUUGUUGAAGUUGUGUUGUGUGCUAUGCACAUCCCUGAUCUGUUCGUUACUUGGAUCAUGAAAUGCAUAAGCACUGCUGCUUUUUUCGGUAUCUAUUAAUGGCGAAUUAGAGGGCCUUUUCUUCAGCUCCAUAGGAAUACGCCAUGGCUGCUCCUUAUCGCCAUAUCAGUAUGUCAUCAUCAUCAACGUCCUCUCAAGACUUCUCAAUAAAACUAUUUCUGAUGGAGCUAUAGGAUACCACCCCAUGUGUAGUGCUGCCAGUCUCUCAUACCUGAGCUUUGCAGAUGACAUUGUCGUUUUCACGGAUGGAUCCUUCAGUUUGCUCACAGGAACGCUUGAUGUUUUUCGCGUCUUUGCUCAGAUGUCGGGGCUGCUAUCAAUGUUGCUAAAUCAACAGUUUUCGCAGCAGGGAGGGGGAAGCGUGCACUCGAAACCGCAGCAGCAACUAGCGGUCUUACCAUCUCAGCCUUACCCCUUAAGUACCUUGGAUUGACUCUAACAACAAAAACGAUGACCAGAGGUGAUUAUGAGCCAUUGCUGUCGAAAAUUCGUGCCAGAUUCCUCAGCUGGACGAGUAAAGCACUCUUUUUUGCUGGAAGGUUACAACUGAUCAGUUCAGUUAUAGAGAUCAUGACUAAUUUUUGGUGCUCAGCUUUUAGUCUCCUCAAGGUUGCAUUGAUGAGAUUGAGAGAAUGUGUUGUGCUUUCUUAUGGAGUGGAUCUCCAAAUAUAGCAUCAAAAGCUAAAGUGGCUUGGAGGGAGGUUUGUAAACUAAAGGCAGAGGGAGGUUUAGGAGUUCGGAAAAUAAAUGAUAUCUCGGUGGUUUUUGAUUUGAAACUGGUAUGGCGGCUGUUCACUAGCUCAAACUCGCUUUGGGUUAAGUGGGUGAAGCAAACUAUACUAAGAGGACAAUCUUUUUGGGACGCUAGAGCUUGAGCAGUGGGAUCAUGGCUAUGGAAAAAGUUGUUACAGCUGAGACCAUUAGCUAAACAAUUUUCGUAUUGAAGUUCAAAGUGGCAAGUCUGUGGGGGGUUUUGGAGUGAUCUUUGGCAUCAUAUGGGUCGUUUGAUUGAGGUGAUUGGCGAAAGAGGAACCCAUAAACUUGGUAUUGCAAGGAAUGCGAUAAUUGCUGACGUUAUAGUAGAACAACAAUGGAGAUUCCGGAAGACAAGAGAUAUAAGCAUUGAACAAGUACUCACACGAGUGAAGGAGUUCCCAGUGGCUCUGGUGCAAAAUGUAGCUAAUAUAGUGAAAUGGAAAAGCGGAGAGGAGGAGUUCCAGAAGUCUCUCUCUGCAUAUAACACUUGGAACAUGAUCCAUACACGUUAUGAAACAGUGUCUUGGUCUAAAGUAAUCUGGUUUAAGCAAGGAGUGCCUCGAUGUGCUUUUAUCACUUGGUUAGCCAUAAAAGAUAGGCUCUCUACAUGGACUAGAAUGAGAGAUUGGGGGAUAGUACAUGGGUUUCCUCUUUGUGGCGAACCAGAGGAAUCACGUGACCAGUUGUUCUUUGCAUGCCCCUAUACCUAUGAAAUCUGGUUGCAAGUCAUUGGUUCUUUGCUACGUCCUGCUCCUUCACCGGACUGGGCAGAGAUUCUGGCUCGAAUUCUCAGUGUAGCAUAUGACAUACAUGCUUUUAUUCUUCUGGGGUUAGCUGUGCAAGUCACAGUCUAUUAUAUAUGGCGAGAGAUAAAUGAGAGGAGACAAGCACAGAGAAGUAGACCAGUGAUCCAACUUGAGAAAAUAAUUGAAAAGACAAUCAUGCGAAGGCUUCGGUCUACUAAAUAUUAUGAGAAGAAAGGGCUGGAGGGUUUGAUGCAGCGAUGGUUCCUGGCUCCUAUUGAGUAAAGAUAGGUUUCAUAAAAAAUAAUUUUUUUAGGUUUUAUUUGUAAAUAACUAUUAUUUUUCCUACGAUGAUCAAUAAAUUUAACAUUUCAUCAAAAAAAAAAAGUCAAAGCACGUUAAAAUAUCAAAUAAUAAUAAAUUUUAAGUUAAAUAAAUAUAAUGAACUAUUAGAGUAAUGAAAGAUAAGUAAAAUAACAAUGAAUUAUAUGAGUCUGUAUUAUAUUUCACCAGUCACAUUGUUUUUUAAAAACCUGCAAAGAUAUGAGAAAAAAAUUCCCACUCACAAUAUAUGAGAACAAAAAAUCAUUUCCUCUCCCUUUAAUCUGUAUGGAAUGACCCUUGGCUCCCAUCCACUCGCCCGAGACCAGCUAAUAAAAAUCAACACAAUUUAUACCCGGACCUUACAGUAGAGUCCCUCAUUGACUCUACCUCGCGUACUUGGAAUUCAGAGGUAAUUCAGUCUUUAGUGGAUCCUCAGGAUGCGAAACUUAUAGAAAGUAUUCCACUAAGCAGGACUCAGCAGGUGGAUAGAGAUGGAUAUCACUUUACAAAAAAUAGAAAAUAUACGCUCAAAUCAGGAUAUCAAGUAGAACGGAUUUAUCCAUAUAGAGAAAGACCACCAUUACUGAUUGGUCCCACAGUUGAUGUUUUGAAGGCUAACUGCUGGAAAAUAUGGUGCCCACCAAAGCUAAAACAUUUUCUAUGGCAAUUAGUGACAUGAUGUAUAGCGGUGCGGAAGAAUUUACAAGCAAGGGGGAUUCAAGGGGAUUUUUUUGUGUGUAAGAUGUGGAGCUCCUGAGGAAUCGAUAAAUCAUGUGUUUUUUGAAUGUCCUCCAGUUCUUCAAGUUUGGGCUCUUUCGAAGAUACCAUCAAAUCCAGCUAUUUUUUCUACAAGUUCCCUCUUCACAAACAUAGAUCAUCUAUUCUGAAAAGUUUUCCCGCAGAUGGAGGAUUACCAGUUUGCUUGGAUACUAUGGUAUAUCUGGAAAGUUAGGAAUAACAAAGUUUUCAGUAAUUUGGAUACGGACCCUAUGGAUACGCUUAAAUUGGCCAAAACAGAAUCAACAUUGUGGGCUGAGGCACAAGUAGUGAAUGACCAGAGGAUGCCACUACCAAUAAUAGAUACAGUAUUGCCGUCGAUCCCAGGAAAUGGUGUUUUACAGAUGGUUCGUGGAAAGAGGGUGUUAUUUUUUCAGGACAAGGUUGGCUCAGUACUUUGGAAGGUUUCGAUGGAUUGUUGAGGGCGAGGAAUGUUAUGGCUAGUCUCUCGCCUUUUCAUGCGGAGGAUGAAGCACUAUUAUGGGCAAUGGAAUGCAAGAAGAAUUUACGUCAAUUUCAUGUUACGUUUGCAACGGAUUGUUCUCAAUUGCUGAAGAUGGUUUCAGAACCAGAAGAAUUGCCAGUUUUUGCAAAUUAUUUGGAAGAUAUCAAUAUCUUGAAAGAGAGUUUCACCCGAUCAGAGAUUAUCUAUGUACCACGGACGUAAAAUUCAAAGGCGGAUAGUUUAGCACGCAGUGCUAAAAAGCAAUCGUCUUUUAUCGUUCACAUGGAUACAGAUCACCCGAUUUGGUUUACAGAAUCAGUAUGAGUCUAUAUUGUUGACGAUAAAAAUAAAAAAUAAAAAAUUUCUUCUCCCUUUGAGUUUUAUUAUCUUUUCGUUUCUACGUGUUACUAAGAGCACGAUUUACGGUGAGUUCUCAUCCGAGUUUUAACUUUAAUAAAAAUAUAAAUUAAUCAAAAGUAGGAAAUGUACAAUUUUUUAGAUGUGUAUUAAAAUCCAACCGCGAAGUAUCAACAAACUAGAAGUUCUAUUGUUUAAAAAUUUAAUAUAAAGACAUGUAAAUAAAAUAGUAUUUAGAUAUUGUCAUGGUAUAUAAACGUUAAAGAUGCUAAAUUACACUAUAAUCACACCAACUUUUUUUCUACUUUUAGUUUCAUUUGUGCUUGCAACCUCAAAACACUAAGGCAAGGAAUAAUAUGAUGAAAACAUUUUGAACUUUAAUAUUCAUUUAGUUGAAUACACCACAUGGUAGAGCAGGAGUGGAAAAACAAGGAGAGGACCACAAAAGAGGAACAGAUUUGUACAAAAUCUAAAGUAGUAAGCAAACUGAUAAGCUUGUGGUCGUGGGACCUAACCUACAAGACCUGAGUCAUAGAGAUCUUUGUCCCAAAGUCAAACAACAUCUCAAUACUCCAAACUGAAAACAUUGUUUCUUCUUCUUCUUCUUUUUCUUCUUUUAUGUCCAUGUGCUAUGUCUUCCGUGUAAAUCUUCUAUAUAAAGUCAAAUUUUUGAUACAAUCAGGUCAAUUACAAAACUAACCUGUUUAUCCAGAAGACUUCCAGGGUUUAUUUUUUGUUAAUAAAGAAAACGUGGUAGACUUCCAGAGAAGCCGUCUCUAAAAAAAGUAGAUAAAGUCAAUUGCAAAACUAACCUAUAUAUUAAUCAGAAAGAAGAUUUUCAUGUAAAUCUUCUACGUUGAAAAGACUUACGUGGAAGUCUUCUGAUCUGACUAACAGAUCUGGGGAAAAAAUUGAUUUCAUAUCUUCAACUAGUAAGAUAACUUGAUUAUCUUCUCCUGCACACAAAACUUCACUGCGAAAUCGACCCACUUGUUAAUGAUUACGAAUCAUGAGCUUGAACCUUAAAAAGUUUAGAAUCGAAAUCUUGGGUUUGGAUAAAUAUAGAGAGAAAAUGAAAGAGAUGUAGGCUUCUGAGCAUAGGAAAUGAGAUAGGAGGUUUGAAAAUCAAUUUUUAGGUGCAUUAAGAACUUCAAAUUGGUUGUUUAUGGUGGUUGAUGUAUUGAUGAUAAUGACAAUAUUGUAAAUACUUGAAGAAGAUGAGGAUGAUAGAGUAAAACAUUCAUUUUCAAAAAAGAAAAGUAAUGGUAUUUUCCGCUGCUUUGCUCGCUCCGACGAUUCUACAUACCGGCCGAAAGAGACUUGAGUCCAAACUUUUGGGGUGAAUAGAGAAAAUGAAAGUUUCAAAAAAAAUCAAAGCUUAGUUUUCGGUUAUAUUUGAAAAAAGCCCUUACUUAUUUUUAUCAAUAAAAUAAUUAUUUAAUAAUUAUUUGUAACAAAAUAAAUGCAUAUAAAAUAGUUAAAUAAUUAUAUAAAAUUAAGCUACUACAUAUAUUGAAAGAAUUUAUUUUAAUUUAUUAAAUAUUGCUAUAUGUUAAAAUUGUAAAUAUUUAUUUUAAAAAUAAAUUAUGUGUGAUAUAUUUUUGUUCAAUAUAAUUACAUAACAAAAUUUAUUUAUUUUAUAUAUUAAAAUAAUUAUUUUAGUUUAAUAAUAAAAAAAUAAAAAUAUAUUUUGGUGUAAUCUUUGGUGCUAUAGUUGGAGAAGAAAACAAAUUGAUGGUAAAAUUAUAGUAAAAUAGUGUAGUUUUCGCACCAAAAUAGUGUUAUGGGUUGGAGAUGUUUUAACAAAAUAAAUUUUAAUAAAGAGAAACAAAUAGUAAAAAAAAAGUGAAGAAGAAACUGUGGAUACGAUUGGUAACCAUCGCUUAAUCACGGAAUCAUAGAAAAAAUAGUUAAGCGGUGGAAAAAAUGAAUUAAGCUGCGAAAAAAUUUAAAAAAAUUUGCAGAAUGGCAGAAUACAUACUAAAUUAAUUAAAAUGCUUUAUUAAAUGAAAAAAAUAAAUAAAAAUAAUUAAACUAAUUAUUACAAAUUUUGAAAAUAACUAAAAUAUAUUUACAAUAUUUUACUUUGUAUUACAAAUAUCUAAUUAUUAUUAUUUUUAAAUAGAUUAAUAUCUUAUAAUAUUAUAAAAUAAUUAUAGUAUUUUUUAUUUACAACUUAACUAUUUAUCAUUACAAAAUUUAUUGCUAUUUAUUUAAAAUUUUAAAAUAGUAUUAUCAUAUAAUUAUUUUACUAGAGAUUGAUCCGCGCACCCUCGUGGAUAUUGGUUCUUAUAUUUUUAUACAUCGAUAUUUGUUUUUUAUAAUUAGUGUUAUAUAUUUUAGAUGGAUAGUAAUAUAACUAAUUGUAUCCAAAAGACCUGGACCAAAUCAUGUAAUAUGAUUAUUUUUGGCACAAAUAUCCGAACCCGUUUAAGAUACAUUUUUUAUUUAGAUACUUUUAAGUACCUAUACAUCAGAACCAAACUCAUCCAGACCCAGAAGAACUUAACUCAAAACCCACACAUAAAUUUAUAAUAUUUAAGCGGAGUCUAAUUUCUAAACAAAAAAAAACGAUACAAAAAAAGAACAACCCAUACCUAAAUGGAUAGCCAAUGUUCAUGCCUAACUAAUUUUAUAAACUAAUAAAAAUGACUCUUUCUAUGUGUUUGACUAAACUAAGUGAAAUAAAAAAAAAUUUAAUUUAGUAAAAUAAUUAUAUGGAGUAAAAAAUUAAGUGACAAUAAAUGUAAUACAUAUUUAUUAUUUUGAUUUAAAUUAUUAUUUUAUUCACAAAACAUAUAUUUAAAUUAUGUUUUUGGCUACGUAAUUUUCACCUAUCGAAACUAAAAAAAAAAAAAGUCUUAGUAAAUGAACUAAACCGAACGUUUAACCAUAUGCAAAACCCAGUUAUUUUAUAUUUUAUAUUUUAUAAUUGGUACAAAGUUAAUGUUGAUUAACUAAUAAAUAAAAAUCUGCAUUAUUAUUAUUAUGGUAAUAUAAUUAAUGAUGUGAUGUAUUGUUAAAGUAAUACUCCAUUUGUUCACGAAAGUAAGAUUUCUAGAGUUUAUUCUUGUUGCACAAAAAUAGAUUUUCUAUAUUUUUAAGGUAUUUUUGUAUACUUUUGAGAAACAUUAAUUACAAAUAUUUGAACUGGUUAAAUUUUAUUGGUGGAUAGUUAUUGGAAACUGUAUUGAAAAAUAAAUUGUAAACAUUUAUUAUAUUCUUAAUAAACUUAAAAAUCCUACAAAAUCUUACUUUCAGAACGUAUGAAGUAUAAUUAAUGAAAUUGUUAAAUUGAUUGAAAUAUAGAAAGACAAUUAAUGUAAUUAUAUUAAUAAAUAAAUAAAAAGAAAUUAUACUUCUUUUUUAUAAUAUUAUCUAUAUUUCCAAAUAAUUCUCAUUUAUAUUGUUAACCAUGUUUCUAAACAAUACCAAAAUGUUUUUCAGUUUUAAUAAUAUAGAUAAUAUAAAAGUGUUGAUUUUGUCAAUAAUCAGCUAAAACUUACUUUUCUAUUUAAUGAAAUUUUUCUUCAUAGUUUUGUCUGCAAAAAGGCAAGUUUGCGUUUUUGUUUUGCUUUUUUUUUUCAUUCCAUAACAUUUUCAUAAUUGACAAAAUACUUGCGUAAUUGCGUCUAAAACUUGAUUCCGCCAUUCCCUAAGGUUACCAAUCAGACCCAGUAAGACAAGCACUAAACCAAUUACCUAGGAAAGGCACGUUCACUCUCUCUAUCUCUCUCUCUGUCUUUCUCUCUCUCUAUCUUUCUGCUUCCUCUGGUCUCUUUCAUAUAGCUGAGAGUCUUCCUCUCUUUCUCUCUCUUGCUUCUGCUUAAUUUCUCUCUUUAUCAAAAACAUUUUCCGUUCUUUACUCUUUUUAUAUUUCCAUCACUCUGUUUUUUUCCUCUGCAAUCUUUGUGUUCCCUUCUCUCUCUCUUAACGGCUGACUGAUGCACUCUCUCACUUUGGUGUCUCCGCCGUGAUUAAAUGGGGUGCAUGUUCUCUCACCUCGCCGCCAAGUUCGCCUUUUUCCCUCCCUCUCCUCCGACCUACCACGUCACAAAAACACCUGACGGAAAACUUACAGCCGUUUCCUCCUCCACUUCCUCAACUUUUCCCGCCGCCGGAGACGCAUCGCUCGACGUCAGGGUGGUGAAGACGAGACGUGGAAACAAAGUCACAGCUUUUUACCUUAGAAACCCUAACGCGAGACUCACGCUUCUGUAUUCACAUGGGAACGCCGCAGACUUGGGACAACUCUUCGAUCUCUUUCUUCAACUCAAAGUCAAUCUCCGAGUCAAUCUCAUGGGGUAUGAUUAUUCAGGAUACGGAGCUUCUACCGGUAAGCCGAGUGAGUACAAUACAUAUGCGGAUAUUGAGGCGGUUUACGAGUGUUUGCAGACAGAAUAUGGGGUUGGGCAAGAAGAUUUGAUCUUGUAUGGUCAAUCCGUUGGCAGUGGACCGACUCUGCACCUUGCUUCUAAGCUUCCUCGGCUUAGAGGUGUGGUCCUUCAUAGUGGCAUUCUCUCCGGUCUUCGUGUUCUCUGUCACGUCAAGUUCAAGUUUUGUUGCGACAUUUAUUCGAACAUAAACAAGAUCAAGAAGGUGAAAUGUCCGGUUCUUGUCAUACACGGAACAGAGGAUGAUGUGGUAAAUUGGCUACACGGAAACAGACUAUGGAAGAUGGCAAAGGAACCGUAUGAACCGCUUUGGAUAAAAGGUGGUGGACAUUGCAACCUCGAGAUUUAUCCGGAAUACAUUAGACAUCUCUAUCGGUUUAUACAAGACAUGGAGAAUACAACCACUAAAUCUCGUCUCAAGAAGAUUUGGCAAGAACUCCGUAGAAGAGACGAAUCCAAAGGAUGUUGUAGUUUUGGACUGUGCAGACCGAAAUGGCCUCGGUGUCCCAAACCUAGUUGCGAUUGUAGCUGCGGUUGUUGCAAGUGGUCAUGUCCGUCGUUGAAGGGGUGUUUCUCUUGCUGUAAGAAACCGACCUGUGGUAGUAGCUGUUGCAAGUGCUCGUGUCUGUCGUUGAAGGGGUGUUUCACUAGCUGGAAGAAACCGAGCUGUGUUAGUAAUUGCUGCUUUCCCAAUUUAAAAUGCUGCUGUUGCUUUGGGAAGCCUAGGUGUCCGAAAUGCUCUUGUUGGAAAUGUCUAAAAUGCCCUGAAUCCGAGUGUUGUUGCUGUGCUGGUUGUUUUAGCUGGCUGUGUUGUUGUGGCGGAGGGAGGAGGGAGGGGGAGACGAGAGGAGGGACUACGAUGGCUAAGAGUGAAGGGUAAUAUUGGUAUUUUGAUAUUCUUUUGUAUAUAUUUUGUUCAAAGAUUGAUGUCGAUGGUUCAUGGGAACAUUUAGUUUUGAAGAGAAGCCCUCUUUGGCUCCACCUAA